CAGAGCAUUUAGAGAAUCUGGAGCCUUUAGGAACUGGGAAUUCAACUACAAGUCCUUCCCUGGGCUGGAACUGGAGAGGCCAACUGUAUCAGCAGUGACUUCUGGGACUGAAAGGAGAGGAAAAAUAAACUCACUACAGUAAACAACAUUAGGUUCACCCAAAGUGUUUUAUCAGCAGAAGGGGGUAAGGAGUCUUCCUGACAUGGCUCAGAUGCUCCAGCUGCCCUUUGGAACCUGCUUAUGGGCAGCUCUGAUUCUCUGUGUGUUGGCUGGAUCCCGGAGACAGACAGAUGAACACAUUCACCUGAAGGAUCUUGCAGAGACAAAUGGGGUUGAGAAUGCUGACAUCAUACUAGAGUUACUUUGGGGAGGAAUUGAAAUGAUGACCAAUGAGACGGUCAAAGCUACAGAUGAGGAGUUGGCCUCACUGCGUCCCAUAAAGCGAUUACUUUGGAUCUUUCAGCAUGAGAUUCAAAAAACCCCAACUGGGAUUGAGGAGUACCUGGAUCAUCUUUCACAGUCUGACACCCCUGUAACUCCAGAGGAAUUUGAGCGUAUCAUCUUUACCACUGUCUACUGUGCUUACCAAAUUCGCUCCAUCCAAGGCCUGGAGAAAAACCUCUGGAUCAAACUUUUCUCUCAGCUGGUUAUUGAAGUAAUCCGUGAGCUCUGCAAACGAUUCUGUCCUAAGGAAUCUAUGGAUUCUGUUCAGCUUCUAGCCUCAAAGCCUUGGCAGGAAAUGCCCGUCUAUAUUUCAGCACUGAAGAAAUUAUAUCGGUCCAGCCUAGCCAUGACCCAGAGAGAAUUUCAUCCAUAAAGUGAAAUUUUUGGUCCUACAUCACUUUUAUAUGCAAAUAAAUAUGCACAUAUACUUUUUAGGUUCAUGAAUCUCUUUCCCAUUUUCCAGAAAUGUGCACAGAAGUGUUGCCAUUCGUGUUUUGUUUUCUCCAGUGUUGUAAGACUGCUUAGCUUUUCAUUGGAUUUCUAUGACUAGCACAUUGCUCAAAGCCUGGUACCUUUGCACUACUCUUUCUAUAGGACUUGCAUUUCAGAUGGUACUUUGCUGUUGAUUAGGACUGGGUUUCGGAUGCAAAAGGGGCUGUAUGCCCCUGAUUAGUGGGCGUUGUCGGAGAACAGUUGGCAUUUUUGCAUGUAGUGAAAAUUACACUGCAAUUUUACAUGUAGUGAAAAUCACAAGAAAGCAGACCUAUGUUAAAAACUAGGAAGAGCUUGCUAAUUGUAAGAACUGUUUACCAAAAGAACAGCUAUCUACAUAGCAGGAAGCUUUUUAAGGAAAUUGUGGCGAGCAUUAGUUGAGGAGCCAUUAUAUAUUGGAUGCUCAGAAUGACGGAGAUAGGACUGAAGGAUCAGUGGGGAGUCCUUCCAGCUUAGUGUUUCUUCUUGUACAAUAUAAAUGUCUUCAGGUGUGUAUUGUACAAUUUGCUCUGAAAACCCCACUUUGUUGGAGAAGGAUUCUCUCUACAAUGUUUGUCAUCCAGACCAUUUGAAGGAAGAGGCUAGCACAUCUAAAAUGUCUGUUCCAUGACCUGCCACUUUAACGGCUGAAUACCCCAUGAGCAUGCUAGCUGGCUUGUCUUCAGAAAUGAGUAGGAAAUGCUUUGAGCGAUAAGCAGUGUACUGUGGAAGUCAUAACUGAAUUGUGAUAUCAAACAUUUGUGGGAGUUUAACAUAUUAAGAGUGUGCUUUUUAGACAGGUGUCUGCAUGGUAUUCAUUAAUGUCAUUUGUAAACAAAUGAGACUAAGGUGUUGCCUAUAUUCAACCCGAAACCUGCUAAUAAAAGCUAUGUUACAUUGUAAACUGUGAAUAUAUAAACUUGUGACAGUAUUAUCUUAACCAAGAAAUAUCUGCCCUGUGCCUUUUUAGCUUCAUUACUCAUUAUUGUUUGUAUGUAGAACUGGGUUUUAACAGGUGCCUGUGCCAGAAUGUCCCAAUUCUACACCAAGAAAAUGUACAAUUGUAUUGGUCAAAAUAAAGCAUGCUGAGUCUGCAGCACAUAGAUGCCCCAGCAUCUAAACAUGGGAACAACUGUUUAAAACAGAAGAAAAAUGUAUCCCACAGAGGGAACUUAGCAGGGUUGAGUCUGUUUCAUUUGCUGAUAAAGUGCUACUCCAGGCAACCACGUAGGAUUGCUCAGUAGAGGUAUGCCUGGCUUAAAUAAUAGCCCAUAUGUAGCUCAAAGCCUAUUAAUGUGGACAUAACUGAUUUGCUUUGCAGGGACAUAAUCCAUCUGUUGAAGACUGUUUCUGCGUCAUCCAUCCAUACAAUAACCAAGGCAUUAUUGUGUUAAAAAACAUGUGUGCACACACAGAGGCCAGAUGCUUUAAGUAGCGGAUGAAUCCACAGUGGAUCACAUCCAACAUCAUACAUGAUGGAACUUGUCUCUCCUGCAGUCCUCUGUACUCCCCCAGUCUUGUUCUAGAGGAUCCCCCAACCCUCUGGAUCAGAUUUUAGGUGAAAGGGAAAUCUGUUCCAUCAACACUGUCCAUUCUGCUAAUGUACAGAAACAAUUGGAAUUUCAUCCUAGGUAUUUAAUUGAUUAAUCAGAAGAGGGCAAUUUUAAUUGCUGGGGCUAGUUAAGAGCACAUGUGUGUUGUGUUAUUCUUUAAGACUAUUUUGGUUCCAGUUUGUUAUGGAAGAAGAUUACAAUGACUGGUAGAUAAUGCUACCAUUACACUUCCUUCAAUAUUGAGAUUUUAGCAGUAUUCACAUUUAUAUAAACUAGCUAGUGCUUGUUAUUGAUCAUCUAUCUUUUUAACCAAACAGUUACACAUUCUUUAAUAAUUGGCAGCUCUACCAUGGUCCAUGAACUGCUGAAUAACGCAACUGUCUGAUCUAAUAACACUGCAUCAAAACAUAUAAGCAAACCCAGUACCUUUUCUCUUAGGAUUUUAUUGAGUUCAUUGUUUUCAUUACAUAUGUCAAUCUAUCUGGAUAUUUGUCUGCAUUUGCAGUGGAUGUUUUCAACUUCCAAGUGCCUUGUACAGAGGUUUUUCACAAACUCUUCCAGUAAUUUUUGUAAGCUGUUCCUUUAUUCACAUCUCAUUUCACUGCCCCUAUUUCUUCUACUCUCCAAACUACCUCAUGCUUUAUGCUUAAAUUGAACAUCAAUAAUGAACAAAACACACACAUCCCGUGAAGGUCAUUCUGUAAAUGAAUGGGAGAAACAACAAUGGCUCUGCAGUUAGGACACAAGUGUGCACUGUAAGGAAUGCACUGGACAUACAAUAGCAUGCUCUUAACAUUGUCAUGUAAAAGAUGACGUCCAUCCCGGACCUGCACCACAGGUCUGCUGCAUCUUGACUUCUCUUAUGUUACUUUUGUAUUUAUGUCUAGAUUCUUGACCCUGGGGACAUGUUGGCGUCUGGAGGUGGUUUUGUCUCGGGAUAGACCAGGAAUCCAGUAAAGGUGAUGUACUUUCCAUGGUUGCUAUAGGCACCGUAGCCAUCAUGCUGGUGGCUGUAGAGCCAGACAGUGUCACCAUAUUGCAAAGGCAACAUGAUACUCUGGCUCUGCAUCUCACGCCUUUUUGAGUGGUUGUCAUCAUAGAUCAUAGCUUGAACCUCAUUGUGGUUCUUCAUCAGUUUCACUGACAUGGUUUUGAAGGGCAUCUUGCCAAUGGUGAAGGAGAAAUAGUAGGCGCCUGGAACACGACAUGUAAAGAUGCCAGUUGAGAAAUUGAAAUCUUUUCCAAUGUUCACAAAUUCUGUGUCAAAUGUGAUUGGCUCAUGCUGGAUUUGCUUCUCAUCUGACCCUAGGAGGCUUUCAGAACGGGCAGCAGAAAAGGCUGAAUGAGUAUCCUGUGAUCUGCUUAGCUGGUUGGAAAAAAGAUGUUGUCUCUCUGAGACUUCAUUCUGCUUCAUGGAAAGUUGUUGAAUCACAUGAGGUGAAGCAACUCCUGGCUCCUGGGAGCCAACACUGUUUUGAAAAUAGCUAGAGGUGUCUGGAUAGAUGAGGUACCCAUUGAAAGUUGUAUAGGGGCCCACAUUGCUGUAGAGUGCAUACUUGGGAUCUCCAUGUAAACGCAGCCACACUGUGUCACCAUAGUCCAACUGCAACAUAGCACUCUGGCUGGCAACCUUCCGCUCUUUACGGUGAUGUUCAUCAUAGACAAUUGCUUGAACCUCAUUCUUGUUUCUCAUCAGCAUGACUGACAAGUUUUUCUUGGGGUACUUCCCAACUGUGAAGGAGAAGUAAUAGGCUCCAGGGAUACGACAUCGAAAUAAUCCAGCUUUGGGGUCAAAGUCACCACCAAUGUUCACAUAGACUUUGUCAAACGUGAUCACCAUUUCAGUGCUUCCUUCCAUGCUGCUGGUUCUAGCAACAGAGAAAGCAGACCGGAACUCCGUUCCAGAAUCAGCAGGGAAGCCAUACACAACAGGGCAGGCGAUUUGGCAUAGGAAGCCAAACAAAAGCUGGAUUUUCAGUUGAGUUGUCAUAUCUAAAAAAAAAUUUUAAAAGUGAAAGGGAUAACAUUUUAGCUGAAGCAUUUUAAAAACUGCUUUCCAAGGUGAGAGUUGGUUCAGCACUGUAGCUUAUUCACACUCAAAUUGAAACAGAUUAUAAACAGGGAGGGUAGCAGUUGAAAUCCAAACACCAAGGAGAUCCUGUGACAAUCCGUGAAAGACUGCCAUAGUUUCACCAGUCACAGCUGACAUCAGCCUAGAAUUCUGUGUACUUACUUGGGAGUAAGCAUCACUGAAAACAUGAGAUUUAAAUUGCAGAUGAUUGAACGCCAAGGGCAUAUCCAGCUGUGAUUGUUAAAGUCAAAACCAUUAGGAGCCAUCUUUUGAUGUGGGAAAGUGUGGCAUGGAGAAGGUUGGGCUGGCACUACACUGCCUUCAUCUGAAGUGCAAGCUGCCACAACCUGAGCCACGAGCAGUGUUGAAAGGUGGGAGAAUAGUAUAGGGUCAGAUGUGAAUCCAACCCUCAAAUGUGUGUCUCCAGACAGCCCUGUGAAUUUUGUAACAAAGUAUUAAGUUGCUAUAGCAACAAAUAGAGCUAUCUAAUGUUUAAGUUGUUUCUCCUUUUUUAAACCAGUAUUUGUUUUACUUCACCUAAAUUUACUACUGAAAUCUUUCUUCUCUUCCUUUUCAGUUUUACAGUGCUGGUUGUUGUUGUUUUUAACAAAAUACAUGUUAAUUCAAGAUGUUUUAUCUAUUAAGGACAAGAAGUCUGGAAACUACUGAUAAUAGAACUACAUCCAAAACCAGAGCUGGGGGUGGGAAGAGCAAUGUGUUUUUUAAAAAAACACCAAGUUCCUUAUUACAAAAAAUAAUUAUCAUAUGUACAAACGCUCCAAUAAUUAUCCAUAUAUACAAGCACUCCAGUAAUAGAUCCCUAAGAGGCCAAAUCCUCUUAAGGUCUCCAUCAGUGGCCUAAUACAGCAUCAAAGAAACACAUUUGGCUUAGCUUGAAAUAUGGUACCUAGGAUUUGGCUUCCUAAAGAUUUUUCAUUGGAGGAUUUGUAUAUAUGAUAAUUAUUAUAAACAUGAAUUCUGUAUUUUAAAAUGUAUUUUCCCCUUAACUCUAAUUUGAUUGGUAGUUUCCCCCCCUUCUUUUUCUUAAGGCCCUUUGUUGUUCGCAUGUCAGGAUUGCAUGCAAUUCAGGCACCAGUUCAAUGGCUUGGGUGAGGAGAUAUGCAUUCUCUGUCUUGCUUAGUCUGUUGGCAAGGCAAGUGUAUUUGGAACUGCUGAAAUAUAGGGAUGUUCCCUGGUAGGUCCAAGAGAAGAGUAUCUCACCACCAAAAGUGACAGUCUCACUAGAUAAAUUAAGAAAAGAAAAAAACAUAAAAUGAACGUUUAAAAAAACCUCUCCUUCGCUAUACCACUGCACACAUUGCAAUUAUUUUAUCUUUUGGGAGGCUACCACUCCAGGGGGGAUAAUACCAUAUUCCCCCUGCAUGAGAAAAUCUGCAUGCAGUUCACUGUACAGGAGGGGAUGGAACUGGACAACAAAAAUGCAAUCUCUGUCUUAGCAGUAAAAAUCAAAUCUUUCAUGAAAGGGGGGAAUCCAAACUAUGGGAUAAAUAUAGACUCUGUAGACCACAAUAAACAGCCAUGGCUGGUCCAUGAGAAACGCAGAUGAGGUGGAUGGAACCUAAUACAUUUUUUCCUGCUCUAAUAUUUAUGAUUCUAAUGGCAAGAGGCCAAAACAUGAUCUGUUGGCGCUUUCAGUCUGAGAACAAGCCUGGCAGUCACGGCAUAGAUAUGAAGCUCCUUUCACUGUCCUUUCUUUCUGUGCUCAUUAAAACAUCACUCAGUCUGAGAGCUCGAUGGCCGGGGUCUCCUGUCUGCCCUGUCUGUCACUUCAGAGCUGGCUCACUGCCAGAUGGCAGUCUAUGAAUUCAGAAGGCUGAUCUGCAGGCGUCAAAAGAGUUUCUAAGGCAGAAUGCUGGUAUUCAGGAGGUAAUAUGAAAAAAGGUGGGCUUAUGGUUUGCCAUUUGUGCCUUCUUAUUUGGAAACUUUGAAGCACAAGUGGAAGUAAAGCCUGUGGGCUGCAGGUGUUGUGAUCCUUUGGGGAAGGGCCAUAGCUCAGUGGCAGAGCAUCUGCUUUGCAUGCAGAAGGUCCCAGGUUAAAUCCCUGGCUUCUCCAGGUAGGGCUGACAGAGACUCCAGCCGGAAAGCCUGAAGAGCUACUGCCAGUCAAUGCGGACAAUACUAAGCUAGACAGUCCAUGGGUCUGAGUCAGUAUAAGUCAGCUUCCUCUCUUGUUCUGGGGAGGCAUGCUGCAAGGAUGAAAAAUACUGACAUCUGAAUUUCAGUCCUGGUUGUCUUUACUCUCAUGCUUGUGUCUCAAAUUCUGUUUCUUGCUUUGGCAAAUCUGGACUGCAGAAUGGGUUGAGUUUCUGUUUAAAUCAACAGUCAUAUAAGAAAUAGAGGGAAAUAUUAGAUCUCUUUUAUCAAUGUGCACUGCAAAUGGUAUGCAUUUUUAGGUAGACAAUGUCUACAGUAAGGUCUUCUCUCAAUUUUCUAGUAUUGAGGCUAUGGAAUAAUAAAGACCGCCUACAUAGUCAUUUUAUUUGCAUAUGCAGAGCAAGAAAAAUAUGACUUCACUCAAAACUGCUAUGUACACCGCCCCUCUUCCUGCAAAGCCUUGUGUUUUAGCUUUGCUUUACAUAACUACUUCUAAACUAAUUAUUUAACCUUUAGUGUGGCGGCACCUACCCUGUGGAAUUCCCUACUCUUAAAUAUUAGACAGGAGCCAUCUCUGUUAUCUUUUCGGCACCUAUUGAAGACCUUCCUCUUUCAACAAGCCUUUUGAGACCUUAUUCCUUUCUGCAUCUGUGUUGGGAUUGCUUUUUAAUAUGUUUCUAAACCUUACAUCAGUAGUACAUGCUCUGGUAACCUCACGUUUGGAUUACUGUAAUGCGCUCUACGUAGGGCUACCUCUGAAGACGGUUCGGAAGCUACAGCUGGUGCAAAAUGCGGCGGCCAGACUGCUAACAAGAACGAAGCGGUCUGACCAUAUAACACCUGUUUUGGCCCGCUUGCACUGGCUUCCAAUACACUUCCGGGCCAAAUUCAAAGUGUUGGUAUUAACCUAUAAAGCCUUAUACGGCACGGGACCUCAAUAUCUGUCGGAACGCCUCUCCCGCUAUGAACCGGCUCGUACACUACGGUCUGCUACAAAGGCCCUCCUCCGGGUCCCGACUCAUAGGGAGGCCCGGAGGGCAGUGACAAGAUCAAGGGCCUUCUCAGUGGUGGCCCCCAAACUAUGGAAUAGACUCCCCGAGGAGGUUCGCCUGGCACCGACACUAUCAUCCUUUCGGUGCCAGGUUAAAACCUUUCUCUACUCCGAGGCAUUUUAAUUUUUUGUUAAUGAUUGUAAUGUUUGUAAUUUGAUUUUAGCCUUUGCUGUUUUUAGACUGUGAAAUUUGAUUUUAGA